CGGUUUUCUCAAUUUAUCCCGUAUUGCGUAUCGAUACAGAGAGAGAAAGGAGAGAGAGAGAGAUGAAAGGGUGCGAGCUUUGUGGUAGAGCAGCGAAAAUGUACUGUGAAUCGGACUCGGCGAGUCUGUGCUGGGACUGCGACGAGAAGGUUCACGGAGCAAAUUUUCUGGUAGCGAAACAUUGCCGGACUCUGCUUUGUCAGGUCUGUCAAUCUUCCACUCCAUGGAAAGCAUCCGGUACUAAGCUUCGUUCGGCGGUGUCGGUCUGCGAGAGCUGUGUUGUUCAGAAGAAUCGGCAAGAACGGGAAGGCUCCAGUGAGGGAACUGGCGAGAGCCAGGGACCUAGCGAUCCUGAAUCGGCGGAUGAGGAUGAUGAAACAGACGAAUCUGAUUUUGAUCACAGUGACUCGGAGGACGAGGUUGAGGAGGACGGAGAGAAUCAGGUGGUGCCAUGGUCUGGAGAAACACCGCCGCCACCUGUAGUGAGUUCUUCGAGUAGCGAAGGGGAUAUUUCGAGCGGAUUUGUUGGAAAUGGUUCGGGACUAAAGCGUACAAGAGAGAAUACUGAUCUUGAUUCGGAAGAUGAGAUUGGUCAUUCUUCGUCUCCAGGAGGAUACGGUGGUGAAAGUGGUCAGUUUGAGUCAAAAUCGGCCGCUAUCGUUAGCUCACUGAAGAGAAUUCAAAGAGACGUGGUCAGUGGCGGUGACAGUGCGUCGGAGACGGCUGUUAGGAUCCGCAACCUGAGCAGAGAUCAGGACCGUUGAUUUUCUGACUUACUUUCCAACUGCAUUUUUUUUUUCUCUAAUCGUAUCAAUGAAAUACAAGCGUGAGGUAGUGGGUUUUUCAAUUACUAAUCUUGUGCUUUGCUAAUUCUAGCUUUUGAUUGUAAAUAAUAACAAAAUUUUAUAUUCUAUAUGUAGUCUAGUCUUUCAUUGAUUCA